UGCUACUGGGAGAGAGAACUUCCAACCGACAGGAAAUCGUUUGCUGUGCUCUCUUCAUUUUGAAGAGAAUUGUUGCAUGAAAAAUUAUGUAAACAGACGUCAACUGGAGGACGAUGCUAUACCGACAGUAUUUGGAUUUGCAACUCAUUUGAAAAAGGUUACAAAGGCAAGGAAACCUCCAAAGCCAAAGCCAAGAAAUGUUGAGACAGCAGAAAACGUGUGUGUGGAUGUGCACGUUUCUGGUUACACUGGAGACCACAAUUAUUCAUUUCCAUCAAGUCCAAGUAAGCUGAAGGAAAAGUUCGAAAAAAUUGAAGAAAGGAAGGAAGCAAAAAUUGGGCAAUAUAAGACUAAGUUAAAUACAGUGAACAAAAAGCGCAAAAGACAGACGCAGAAGAUUGGCAAAUUAGCAAAUAUUUUAGAACUAAAAGCUAAAAACUUAGUAAAUGAUAAGCUGCUCUUAUUGAAAACGAAACAGCGGAGCGCGGGGCGACCCGGCGGGGAGAGCGGAAACUGCACGGCCCAGGGUGGAGUGCUUCCGCCGCUGCCGCUGCCGUCGCCGUCGCCGUCGCACGGUGAUGAAUUGUUCCUUCGCGGUGCUUCCCGAGAGCUCAGAUGCAACUUUUUGGGGCCACUGUAG